CAUCACUAAUUUAGUAUCAUUCGUUCAUGUCAUUACCCCGUCACUAUGGUCUGAGGUCAACGACCACUGUCGUUCUAGUGUGUGUCGAGUGCAGUCGCACCUACUUAUAUAUUAAAUAUUGUAACAUGUAAUAUAAUGUAAAAUACAAGUCAUCUCACAUCAAGUCGUUUAAUUUAAUAAACACAACAACAAUACAUGGUGUCAGAAGUGAAAGUAACAACGAAAUAAAGAAGAUUCGUUUGUUAACGGAAAAUUUUAAAAACAAAAUGUCUACCGAAGACGUCGGCGACACGAGGUGCCGUGUGGCCGGUCUGGAGUGUCUAAAAUUAUCGUCGGAGGCAACCGCGAACAACGCGGAGGCGUGGAGGAAAUGGUGGCAGCGACUGGAGCUGUAUCUGCUGGCAUCAGGUCUAGACAGGUCGGAGGAGAAGCGGAAGGUGGCCAUUCUGCUUCACAGUAUUGGCCCUAAAGGUCUCGAAAUCUUCAAUACCUUUAACAUCAGCCUGGAUGAAGCCAAAAUAGAAGACGUCAAGGUCAAAUUCGACCUGUACUUUGAGCCACGCAAGAAUCUUACCAUGUGCAGGUACAUGUUUUUUACAAGGAGGCAAGCUCAAUCCGAGAGCAUCGACGAUUUCAUAACCGAUCUGGAGCUAAAGAGCCAGGAUUGCGAGUUCGGAACCCUGCGCGAGUCCAUGAUCCGGGAUAUUUUCAUCGCCAACAUGCACAUGGAUUUGUCACACAUCCGGCAAAGGCUGUUGCAAGAGCCCAACCUCACCUAUGAGAGGAUGCGAGAGUUGGCGAAAACCCUAAUUGUCGCACAGCAGGAUGCAGACAAGAUGAUAAACAAGUCCAUCGUCGAAGACGGCGAGAAGGUGAUGCAACUGCGUCAAAGGAGCGGCGGUCGACGAGUCUGUCGACAGCGUGCUUCGAGUCAAACGCCACAUCGGGCCACGUGGAAGUCUCCCAGUCCGAUGAGGCAGUCAGCAUCAACGUGUGGUCGCUGUGGGCAGUCUCAUCGAACGAAGUGCCCAGCGAUCGGAGUACAAUGCAGGUCAUGUAACUCAUUUGGUCAUUAUGCUAAGUUUUGCUAUAAGAAUAAACAAGUCAGACAGUUGUAUUCGUUUACUUCCAAGUCAAUACAAAAUGAUAAUUAUUUUGUAGGAAUUUUAAACAGUCAGUCGAGUCAUAAUCAUCUUAGUCAUUUACAUAAACAGUCACACAGUCAGCCACAAAAACAGUCAAAAAGUCGAUCAUACAGUCAAAAACCCGUCAAUACGCACACACACACACUAGAACACAGUCCAGGUAAUCUCCAUGAUGACAAUGCUUAUUGCACUGAGAGAUUACACUGUCAAAACAAAAAUAGUCCAAGUCUAGGUAAUCUCCAUGAUGACAAUGCUAAUUGCGUUGAGAGAUUACACCGUCAUAAUAAAAACAGUCUUACAAGUCAAAGUCUUAAUAAAAAUAGUCCUAUAAGUCAAAUAAGUCGAAAUAAAAAUAGUCAAAGUGAGCAUCAUUAUCAUUGCUACACUAAUAAAAGUCAGUCCGUCAGUCGUAAGACAAUAAAUAACAAUAAAAACAGUCAUAGUCUAGGUCAAGGACAUGUUAACUAUAAUAAAUCCAAUAAGAACAGUCAGUCCGUCAAUAAGUCACAUAAUACACACUUCCAAAACAUUAAUCACCACAAGUACACUAAGAAGUCACAUCAUUGUCAGUCAAAUGUAAGUAAUUCAGCAUCAGAAACAAAUAGUCACAACAUGCAUUCAAAUAUACCAAACGUAGCAUCUCAUCGAAAUAAUUUGAAUCAACAAAUUAGUCAUGUCAAGGGUAAUUCAGUUUCAGAAAAUCAUUAUUCAGGUAGUUCAUGGAAAAUAAACUUACAUGUGGGUAACCGAAAAAUAAAUUGUGUCAUAGACUCAGGCGCAGAUGUAAACGUCAUAUCUGUCAAAAACUUCAAAUUUCUUAAUCUGUCAAAGUCACAAAUUGAUAAAUGUCAUGUAAAUGUCACAGGAUUUGGUGGCAAUAACAUUCCAAUUCUAGGCAAAGUAAAUUUAAAAUGUAAUUUAAACAUAGAAAAUAGAAAUAUUUGUGAAAAUAUAGUGUUCAUUGUAGCAAAUAUACUCUGUCCAACUGUCUUAGGUCUUCCCACUUGCGAAAAAUUAGGUAUAAUAAAACGUGUAUUUUCCGUCACAAAACAAGAUUUUUGUAAACAAAUUCUUACACAAUAUGAUGAUUUGUUUAAGGGUCUUGGAUGUCUACCCCCAGUCUGUCAUCUGAAACUCAAGCCUGGUGCAGUUCCGUGUAUUGAUCCGCCAAGGAAAGUUCCGUUUGCAUUGCAAGGAAAACUGCGCGAGGAAUUGGAUCGCAUGGAGCAAAUGCAAGUCAUACAAAAAGUCACAAAACCAACUGAAUGGGUAAAUUCUGUGGUAGUCACUGUCAAAAGUUCAGGUCAAUUAAGAAUAUGUUUAGAUCCUAGAAACUUAAAUAAUUGUAUAAUGAGAGAACAUUAUCCGUUAAAGUCUAUUGAUGAGAUAAGGUCACAGUUAAAAGGUGCUGCAUGUUUUACGCAUCUAGACGCUUUCUCAGGUUUCUGGAUGAUAAAGUUAGAUGAAUAUAGUUCAGAUUUGUGUACUUUCCAAACACCAUUUGGUAGAUACAGGUAUUUAAGAUUGCCUUAUGGCAUAAGUGCUUCGUCUGAAAUAUUUCAAAGAAUUAUGAUGAAUUUGUUCGGUGAUUUGGAAGGAGUUUUAAUUUUCAUUGAUGAUAUUUUAGUACAUGGUCCUAAUGAGUCGGUUCAUAAUGAACGACUACAUAAAGUUAUGCAAAGAGCACGUCAAGUUAAUUUAAAAUUUAACAAGUCGAAAUGUAAAUUUCUAGUGUCAGAGGUAUGUUUUCUUGGUUAUGUAUUUAAUAAAGAUGGUGCUAGGGUUGAUCAAGAGAAAGUCAAAGCAAUACUCGAGAUGCCCACACCAACCAAUGUCAAAGAGUUGCAAAGAAUAUUAGGUAUGAUUAAUUACCUAGGUCCAUUCAUCAAGAAUUUGUCAGAAAAAACUCAAAUAUUAAGAAAUCUUUUGAAAAAAGAUUCAGUCUGGAUUUGGGAUGAGAAUCAUGAGAAAUGUCUUAAAAUUUUGAAAGAGGAGAUCACAAGAUCACCAGUCUUAGCUCAUUACAAUCCACAAAUUCCAUUAGUCUUGUCAGUCGAUUCGUCAAAGUCAGCAUUAGGUGCAGUAAUUUUGCAAAAUAAUAAACCUAUUGCAUAUAGUUCUAAAACUCUCACCAUAACCCAGGAAAGAUAUGCUCAAAUUGAGAAAGAAUUGUUAGCAAUACAAUUUGGUUGUGAAAAGUUUCACCAAUAUGUCUACGGUCAUAAAGUAACAGUACAUACUGAUCAUAAACCAUUAGUCUAUUUAUUUAAAAAACCACUUCAUGAUGUACCUGCAAGAUUACAACGUAUGAUGUUAACCUUGCAAAAAUAUGAUUUAGAAGUCAUACAUGUACCUGGUAAGGAAAUGUAUAUAUCAGAUACUUUGUCUAGAGCAGCUAUUCAGGAAAAUUAUGUACCUGAAAAUGAGUCUGAAAUGUCAUGUCAUGUAAAUUUAAUGUAUUCAAAUCUAGCAAUUACUAAAGAAUAUAGCACAAAAUUAAGUCAGGAAACUAAGAAAGAUGAAAGUUUGCAAUUGUUAAAGAAAUAUUAUUAUGAAGGAUGGCCUAAAAAUAAAAACAAUGUAAGUCCAUUAUUAAAACCAUAUUGGAAUAUUCAAGCUGAAAUUCAUGUAAUUAAAGAUUUAAUAUUUAAAGGUUCAAAAUUAAUUGUUCCUAAGUCAAUGUAUAAAGAAAUGUUAGAUAAAAUACAUAAAGGUCACCAAGGUAUAAAUAAAUGUUUGAAAUUAGCUAGAGAAUCUUUGUAUUGGCCAAAUAUGUCUACAGAUAUAAAAAACAUAGUAGAACAAUGUUUAAUAUGUGCUAAAUUCAAACCAUGUAACCAAAAGGAACCACUACAAAAUUUUGAAAUUUGUAAGUAUCCAUGGCAACAAGUCGGUAUAGAUUUAAUGUAUCUUGACAAUUUAACGUACCUUAUUGUCACUGAUUACUACUCAAAAUUUAUAGAAAUUGCUUUGUUAAACAAAGACAGUCGUUCAAGCAAUGUAAUCACACAUUUAAAGUCAAUUUUUGCACGUCAUGGGAUACCAUUAUCUUUAGUGUCUGAUGGUGGUCCACAAUUUCAGUCAGUAGAAUUUAAAAAUUUUCUAAAUGAAUGGGAUAUAGAACAUGUAGUCACUAGCCCAUAUCAUUCACAGUCAAAUGGUCAAGCAGAAAGCUCAGUCAAAAUUGUCAAAAAUAUGCUAAGAAAAUGUAAGGAAAAUGGGUCAGAUCCAUACAUAGCAUUAUUGCAUUAUAGAAACACACCUAAGAAUAAUCUGUCGUCACCCGCUCAAUUGUUAAUGUCUAGAACUUUAAGAGAUAACAUACCAGUGUCAUAUAAAAGGUUAAAGCCAAAGGUUGUAAGAUUUAAAGAAUAUGAAAAGUCUGUUGUCAAAAAUAAUUUAAAUAAGUCAAAGUAUUAUAAUAGGAAUACUAAACCAUUGUCUAUGUUACAACCAAAUGAUCAUGUAUAUUUUAAGAGAAAUCCUAAGAGUCAUUGGGAACAUGCCACUGUGAAGGAAAGAUGUCCAGAUAAUAGGUCAUACAUUGUAGAAGAUAUAAAUAAAGUCAGAUAUAGGAGAAAUAGGGUACACUUAAGGCAUAAAUAUUGUAAUGGCAGUGACAACCCUACUCCUAUGAGGUCCAAUUCUUCGCAGGGGAGAGAUGAGGGUGACAGACAGGAGCCGGAGAAUCCAAAAUUCCCACAAUUGUACAAAACCAAGUCAGGUCGUGUUGUGAGACCAACACAAAGGUUAAUUGAUGAAAUUGAUUAAUUUUUUAAUUUAAGAAGGGGGAUGUUACAUCACUAUUUAGUAACAUUCGUUCAUGUCAUUACCCCGUCACUAGUGUCCGAGGUCAACGACCACUGUCGUUC